GCCUCGGCGCGCACGGCCCGCCCGGCAGGGCCUCCUGAAGCCCGGCUGCGGACGCGGACGCCGGAGCGCAGAGCCGGCGGGAGGCCCCCGCGCGCCCGAGGCAGGGGUGAACUCUCAGGACCUCCAGAUGACAGCUGGAAUGGUAGCCAGGUGGAAUGCUAUGGAAUAUGAUGAGAAGCUGGCCCSGUUCCGGCAGGCCCACCUCAACCCCUUCAACAAGGAGCUGGGGCCAAGGCAGCAUGAGCAGGGACCUAGUGAGGAGGCCCUGGACAUUUCUUCUGAAGAGACCCUGCCUGAGCUGCCCCCCGGGGAGCCUGGGUUCCACUGCUCUGAGCGCGUGAUGGACCUUGGCCUGUCUGAGGACCACUUCUCCCGCCCUGUGGUGAGGUUUGGGUCUGGGAGGGGAGAGGCGCUGGACCGUGAGGACCCCAAUGAGGAUGAGCCCAACAUCAGGGUCCUGCUUGAGCACCGCUUCUACAAGGAGAAGAGCAAGAGUGUCAAGCAAACCUGCCACAAGUGCAACACCAUCAUCUGGGGACUCAUUCAGACUUGGUACACCUGCACAGGGUGUUAUUACCGCUGCCACAGCAAGUGCUUGAGCCUCAUCUCCAAGCCCUGCGUGAGCUCCAAAGUCAGCCAUCAGGCUGAGUAUGAGCUGAACAUCUGCCCUGAGACAGGGCUGGACAGCCAGGAUUACCGCUGCGCUGAGUGCCGGGUGCCCAUCUCUUUGYGGGGCGUGCCCAGCGAGGCCCAUCAGUGCAACUACACAGGCCAGUACUACUGCAGCCACUGCCACUGGAAUGACCUGGCCGUCAUCCCGGCACGAGUGGUGCACAACUGGGACUUUGAGCCCCGCAAGGUGUCUCGCUGCAGCCUGCGCUACCUGGCGCUGAUGGUGUCCCGGCCAGUGCUCCGACUCCGGGAGAUCAACCCUCUGCUCUUCAACUACGUGGAGGAGCUGGUGGAGAUCCGGAAGCUGCGCCAGGACAUUCUGCUCAUGAAGCCAUACUUCAUCACUUGCAAGGAGGCCAUGGAAGCUCGUCUGCUACUGCAGGUUAGUGACACCUGGAUGAAGACCCUGCUCCUGUCCUGUGGUACUGGACAUCUGGACUGCUACUACGACAACUCAACCACCUGCCCCAAGUGUGCCCGGCUCAACUUGAGGAAGCAGUCACUCUUCCAGGAGCCCGAUCCAGACUUGGAUGCCUAGAGCCCUGGGCACACCACCUGCCUCUCUGGCACCCACCCCACUGGCAUUGCAAAGCCAGGGUGCUGUUUCUGCCCUGAAGACCCUUUGGGUGCAUCCCUUGGAUGUCUUCACUCCUGCUGGGCCAGAAGUGGGUGWGCAGUGCCCACCAGGACUGAUGMUCUCCAGGUGCUGGCUGGACUUGGGGCAUCUGCACCUGGCUGUUAACUUGGUGUGCUGCUGUGAGGGGUCACACUGUAGCCCCUACCCUCCACCGCCACUAGAGGAUUCCUUGGUCAGGGUGAGACUUUCUAGGGGGAUAGGGAAGGACCUCUUACUUCCCCAAUCCCCUAGGGCCAAGGCUUCUGGGUUCUAGAGAUGUCCCUCCCUGCUCCUGUCCAAGCCACUCUGCAACUGGUCAGGUAAAGACCCCCAGAGGGCUUCAGAGGAGUGGCCAGUGAGACCUGAGCCUGCCAGCUGCAUACAUCCAGCCUUGGGCUUUGGAUUCUACCUGAAGACCAACCCUCCUGGUCCCUUGCCUCUUUGGGAGCUUCUGGUCAUCCCUGGCUGGGGCUCUUCAAGGUGGUGUCCAUGGCCCCACCUGAGGUCCUUCUGAGUCGUCCAAGGGCCGUCAGUCCAUUGGGUCCCUGCCCUCCCUGAUCAGGAAAGGGAGGCUUCCUGCUGUGGGGCUUCUCCUGGUGGGUGUGCUUGCUGCUGCUCUUGCUCUGGCCCAGCCCCCUUAUCCUGGUGCUCUGAGAUGAGUGGUGGUGGGCCCAGCCCAAGAAGGGUGUCCUGGCCUCCGGUGUAGCAGGAACUGGGUCCCUGGAGGAGGUUCCAGGUCAGGUAAAGGAGUUGGGUACAAUAGGCCUGUGUGGCAUUCCUUGGGAUCACAUUUGUCCCUGGAGCUUUGUCUUGCUGCCAGUCUGUGAAGAGCUCCAGAGAGCUCAGAGAUGACCAUCCAGAAAGUUUUGGUUUGGGGCCUGAGGCCUGAGAAAUGGGAAUAUUUGCUGGAGGAAGAACGAAGCAGGAGGUGUAGAGCUCAUGCAGGAAUGUCCAGACCUGGAAGGUGGGUAGGACCCAGGCUUUUCAGUGGGAAAGCCACUCCCAGCCUUGGGGUUUGCACCU